AUGCAGUAUAAAAUGGAACAAGCAGCAGCCAGGAUUUUGACAGGAUCUAUCCAUAGAAGCAAAAGUCAUAGCCUGGCGUUUUAUGUCGGUGACGGAACCGCGGACGACAUAUCCGAGCAGCAUCCCGGCGGCCCCAUGCAAAUCCACGUUAACCUACCCCAGCAGGUUCGGGUUGGGCAAAUCAUUUACCCUCCACUUGUGGUCAACGCCGAUGUGGAGGUAUAUGAUUGGAUACAAGUUAUGCUCGUUGAUGCUUUCGGCAACGUUAACACCGCCUUAGCGGGCGACUUGGCAAGAUCUCUACAUCCUCUCAACGACAACCAGUCCGGCAGCUCUCAGCCUACAGGAUAUGCUGUUUUCCCCAAUCUUUCUGUCGGUCUGGUGGGUACAUUCACAAUCAAAGUCUGUGGUAUGCAGAUGAACUACACUAGUUCCUCUCCGGAUGCUACCGUUGCUACCGAGGUGUACACUGGGGAGAUCAACGUCCGGGAAGAAGCUGUGGCAGCAGAGAAACCUUCGAACGACGAAAGGCGACUCCUACGCAGGCUGCGCGAUCACAGUAGCAGAUUUGGGGUGCCACGGUCACCAGCAAGUUCAUAG